UUUUUCCCCUAAAAAAAACAAGAAGCAAACCCCUGUCCCCCCAUCUCACUCCACCGCCGCUUGCUCGCGCCACCAAGCCGGGGGCGCCGGAGAUGAUCUCGUCCAUGUCCUGGGUGCCCAGGGGCGCCGCCAGGAGCGCACCCAUCCAGGCGGACCCUCCCACGCAGGAGGAGAUCGACGAGGCCAUGAGGAGCAUCGCCCUCGCCACAGAAAAUGAUGGCAGCGCCGCCGCCGACGAAAACUAUGGCGAGAUGGAGGUCGACGGCGCCGACGAGGAGGACAGUGAGGAUGUCGCCCGGGCCAAGGCCGCCGCCGAGGCGCUCGGGAAGACCGGCUCGGGAGGCGGUGUCUCCGAUGGGCUCGAGGAGCUCAACAUGGAGGAAUACGAUGACGAGGACGACGUAGAGCCCGAGCUUCUCAGUACCGGGAGGGGGGAUUUGUACUAUGAAAACAACGAAGAGGACCCUCAUCUCGUCAGGAACAACGAUGAUGAUGAUGGUGAUGAGGACGAGGAGAUUGAAGACAUGGCUAUCAAACCUACUGAUAUGCUGAUUGUUUGUGCACACAACGAGGAUGAGUUCAAUUCUCUUCAGGUUAGUAUAGUGGAAGAGUUGGAGGACGGGGAUCUUAAUAUGUAUGUUCAUCAUGAGGUCCCUCUCUCAGAUUUUCCACUCUGCACGGGUUGGAUGGAUUUUAACUUCAAGGAUGCCAAGAAAGAAGGGAAUUUCAUUGCUGUUGGAACCAUGGAUCCUGCAAUUGAAAUAUGGAACUUGGAUAUUGUUGAUGAGGUCAAACCACAUAUUGUGCUAGGAGGACUUUCAAAAAACAAAGAAAAGGUUAAGGGGGAAAAGGCAAAGAAAUACGAGGGUAGCCACAGAAGUUCUGUUCUUGGUCUUGCAUGGAACGCGGUGGUAAGGAACGCUCUAGCUAGUGCAAGUGCAGACAAAACUGUUAAAGUUUGGGAUUUAUAUACCGGUAAAUGUGACCGCACACUGCAACAUCAUGAUGGCAAGGUUCAGUCAGUUGCAUGGAGGUCACCUGAAGUUCUUCUCACUGGAUCUUUUGAUAGAUCAGUUGCCAUGACUGACAUGAGAGGUGAUGGACAAAGUUGUCAUAAAUGGUCCGUCGAAGCAGAUGUGGAAAGCUUAGCUUGUGAUCCACACAAUGAACACACGUUUGUGGUUAGUCUUGAAAAUGGGACGGUUCAAGCGUUUGAUACGCGGACAGCUUCAUCGCAUUCUAAUUGCGGCCAGCCCAUGUUUACUCUGCAAGCACACGACAAGGCUGUUUCUUCAAUAUCCUUCACCCCAUCUACCCCCAAUCUCCUUGCUACAGGUUCAACUGAUAACACGGUGAAGCUCUGGGAUCUGUCGAACAACCAGCCGUCAUGCGUCGCUUCACUGAAUCCAAACCUUGGAGCUAUAUUUUCGGUAUCGUUUUCGAACGACAGCCCCUUCCUGCUAGCAUGCGGAGGAUCAAACGGCAAGCUGAAAGUCUGGAACACACUGUUGGAACCAGCGGUGGCUAAUAGAUUCGGCAAGUAGACAUAUGUUGCGAAAUGGAUUAUCAGUUUUCUCCAGACUCCCUCCAGAGAGGCGCAGAGACUAAUGUCCACCACGGUUGCAGCAUGUGUUAAAACUGUUUUGCCUCUUGUACCGACAAAAUGGAUAUGUAGUGAAGUGUGGAACUCGCAGCUCAUCACGCAGUACGGAGUAGUAUUUUAGACCCCGUGUUGGUUGGACCUCGACACAUACAGAUACAAUACGGAGCGUUGCCAAUCCACACGUUUAUCUGCUGGAGGUGAAAAAAAAACAUGAAAAUGCAAGGAGGAGAAAGAAAGUGGGCAUGCAUUAUCAA